AUGAAUGGCUUCCUUAGAAGAAUAUGGGGAAAGUUUGGAAUUGAUAGGGUGGCUUCUUGUGAUAAUGGAGUUUUCUUAGUUAGAUUUCGAACUCGAGAUGCUAGAGAACAAGCUCUGGCUGCUGGUCCCUUUAUGUUUGAUAGGAAACCUGUGAUCACUAAGCGAUGGAGUUCUGAUCUGAAAAUCCGUGAGGAAAAAGUGUCAGAUGUUCCUAUUUGGGUUCGUCUACCUAAUUUGGAUCUGAAAUUUUGGGGUAGAGAAGCUCUGAUGAAGAUUGCUGGUUUGAUUGGAAACCUAGUUAAAACUGAUAAAGUUACUGCUCAAAAAGAGAGAAUUGCUUAUGCCCGUAUUAUGAUUGAAGUUGAAAUUAAUGGAAAACUCCCUGAUUUCAUUGAAUUUCUUGAUGAGGAGGGCAAUCGAAUUAAACAAAGUUUUAGAGAGAAGCAGAAGAUCUGGAGGCCUGUUCAGAGGCCAAUGCAGACAAACCAUGGUCCUAAAGGGGAAGCUAUGCCUGGAACAGGAAAACAGUCUGUGCAAAAACCUGUACAAAAGACAGUGCAAGUUAUGCAGGAGAAUACUGACAUUGAUCAGGAAGGAACUACUGUCUUGGAUAAACAAGGACAACAACCUACAGAUUCUGGGCAGCAUCACAAUAUAGGUUUGUUUGGCCUCAUUGAAACUAAAGUGAAGGCUAAGAAGUUCGGGAAGGUGUUUGAGAGUUUUAGGAAUCAAUGGUCUGUUAUAACUAAUUACAGCAAGGUUGAUAAAGGCAGGAUAUGGAUCAUUUGGCAGCCUACUUUGUUCUUGGUUCAGGGUGUGAGAAUUGAAUCUCAAUGUAUUCACACUCAUAUUACUCAUAAAGCUACUGGUGUGUCUUUUUGGUGUACCAUGGUUUAUGGUCUGAAUGUGGCUAUUCAUAGAGAGGAGCUCUGGUGCCAUAUGCAGGAAAUCAGUGCCACUUUUGAUGAUCCUUGGGUUGUGUGUGGUGAUUUUAACAACAUCUUGAAUUUGGGGGAUAGAAUUGGUUCUCCUUGUUGUUUGAAUGAAGUGGAGAAGUUUAGGGACUGUUUAAGACACUGUGGGCUGAUUGAUUUUAAAACUGGGGGUUCUUUCUUCACUUAUACUAAUAAACAGCAGGGUAGUGAUAGAGUGUGCACUAAAAUUGAUAGAGUGUUGGUGAAUGAGAAGUGGUAUGAAGCUUUCAACAACACAACUGCUGUUUUCCUUCCUGAGGGCCUUAUGGAUCAUUGUCCUUGCAUCAUUUCCAUGCUUGGGGAAACUGAGAAUUUUUCAGACAUUGAAAUAGCUGAUACAGUGGCUGCUAAAGAGCUUCAGAGUUGUCAAGAAAAGCUGUGUUUGGAUCCUGGUAAUGAAAAUCUCAUUCAAGAUGAAUAUGUGGCUAGAGAAAAAUAUGAUACUGCCCAUAAAGCUAAGUUCCAAUUCCUGAGGCAAAAAGCAAAGCUUCAUUGGCUUAAGGAGGGUGAUGUGAACUCUGCUUAUUUCCGUGCCUGUUUGAGAAGCAGAAGAGUUCAUAAUAGAGUUACUAACAUCAAUGUGGAUGGAGUCACUACUCAGGAUCCCUCCCUAAUUGCAAAUGCAUUCAUUGAGUACUAUAAAGGCCUGUUAGGUACCUCUUCUGUGCCUCAACAGAAGGUUCAUCCUAAGGUCAUUGAGGAAGGGGUUGUGCUUAAUACUGAUCAACAUGCGGCAUUAUGUAGGAGAUUUGGAGUUGAUGAUGUUAAAAAGGCUUUGUGGAGUAUAGAUGAAGACAAAGCGCCUGAACCUGAUGGCUUUUCAAGUAAAUUCUUCAAGACUUCCUGGGAAGUGGUGAAGGAGGAUCUGUGUAAAGCUGUGUUGGGAUUCUUUGAUCAUGGUAAUUUGCUGAAACAGGUGUGCACUACUACUCUCACUUUGAUUCCAAAAGUUGAAAAUGCAACUUUAGUUACUCAAUUUAGACCUAUAGCUUGCUGUAAUGUGAUUUACAAAAUCAUCUCUAAAAUGAUCUGCUCUAGACUAAAGGAAGUUCUGCCUGCUAUUAUUGAUGAGUGUCAAGGUGCUUUUGUAACUGAUGAUUUGAUGCUCUUCACUUAUGGGGACAGGAAUUCAGUGGGUUUGAUUUUUAGAGCUCUGAAUAUGUUUAAUAAGGUGUCUGGGUUACAGGCAAACUCAGAAAAAACAGCAAUCUAUUUUGGUAAUGUAGAUGACAGUACAAAGGCUAGCAUUCUGAAUUUCACUGGUUUUGUGGAAGGAUCAACCCCCUUUAAGUAUCUUGGGGUUCCUUUAAACUCAAAGUACUUAAAGGUGGCUGAUUUUGAUGUGCUUAUUGACAAAAUGCUACAUAGAUCGUGUGUCUUGCUGCCAAAAACUGUUAUUCAAAGAAUCAACCAGCUCUGCAGGGAUUUUUUAUGGUGUGGGUCUGCUAUUUUGUCUAAAGCUCCCCCUAUUGCUUGGGCUAAUGUUUGUAUGGAAAAGAAAUUUGGUGGCCUGGGAAUUAGGGAUUGUGAAAGCUGGAACAAGGCAGCCCUAGGCAAAUAUAUUUGGCAGAUUGCUAAGAAAAAAGACUCUCUUUGGGUUAAAUGGGUGCACAAUGUCUAUAUUAAGAAUCAAGAUUGGUGGAGCUAUAAACCAAAGAAAGCUGAUGGGUGGGCUUGGAAAAAGAUUUGUAAUGUUAAGGAGGAGCUCUCACAGGGAUAA